AUCAAAUUGAAACUUGUUUUUGUUUACUUCUUGGAGUUUUGGAAGAAAUUUGGAACCAAUUUCUGUUCUAUAAUUUUUUUUUGAAAUUUCACUAUAUACUCAAUAUGGCGUUUACGUUAUGGAAUUUAUUUGAAGCCACUGUAUUAUGUCUGAAUGCAGUUUGUAUUUUGAAUGAGGAACGAUUCCUCAGCAAAGUUGGGUGGAGUGCUAAGAGCACAAAUAAUCAGGGAUUCGGGGAAAAUCCUUCAGCUAAAUCACAGAUUUUCAAUCUGAUUCAUUCUAUCAGAACUGUGACUAGGAUUCCACUGAUAUUCCUGAAUGUUGUAGUGAUAGUGAUAAAACUCAUACUGGGAUGAACUGAAAAGAAUGUAUUUUUUGUAUCAACUCAUUAAUUUUAAGAAUAAAUUAGGUCAUUCCACAAUCUUCUUUUUCAAUAUAUUUUUUGAAAACCUGGGUGUUCCAUUCCCAUAUUAGGGAAUUGCAUUGCACAAGGUGU